GGAAUAAAGUUGCCGAGUUGGGCGGGACUAUGUAGGGUUUAACUGUUCAAGGCUUGCAUUUGCAAUUGUAAUUCUAGGGUUUAUAUCUCGCCCUGUUUUCUCUCUGUUUCCCACCGACAACAGUGUCGCAUACCAUCGAGGGUAAUGGAUUCUUUUUCGUCGCCAUCAAUUGGAUCAGGAUCCUCUAAUAUGUCAACUUCUGAUCUCAUGGACCAGUUGAAGACUCAGCUCGCCCAGGCUUACGCUCAGGAGUUCCUUGAGACUGUUAGGGGGAAAUGUUUUGAGAAGUGCAUCACAAAACCAAGUACAAGCCUGAGUGGCAGUGAAAGUAGCUGCAUCUCCAGGUGUGUGGACCGUUACAUAGAAGCUACUGGGAUUGUUAGCAGAGCUCUUUUUAAUGCACCUCACUGAAUUUAGUAGAAAGUUCUCCAGAAGAGUGCACUGCAUUGGGAAAUUUUGCUUUCAUACUUGUAUGCAUCCCAAAUAUUUUGCUAUGGGACAAAUAUUUUCUAUUGCUUGCGUACUAAUUUAUGCUCGCCCGUGCUAAAUUGUAUUGUCUCUGGAUUGUAAUGCUACAUCCUGAUAGCUAAAGUUCUCUCAA